AUGGGCUGUUUUACCACUCAUGCAUCUGGCACGUUAGAUCCUCCGGAGGUGAGGAACUGGCGCCUCCAUGUCAUCGCCUGUAUUGCCUCUAUGUCGGCCCUAGCCAUGGGUUACGACACCGCCGUUAUUGGCGGAACUAUGGCACUUGACUCGUUCAGACGCGACUUUGGGACUAUCAACAUCCCUCAGACUCAGCGUGACACGAUUCAGGGCAAUAUCGUCUCGACUUUCCAGGCCGGCUGCUUCUUCGGCGCCCUGUUCGCCUUCCCACUUGCGGAAAAGCUCGGUCGAAAGAAAACAAUGAUUAUCGCCUCAUCCGUCUUCCUCCUUGGAGGCACGUUGAUGACGGCAGCUCGCGGUAGCCUCAACAUGAUCUACGGUGGACGAGCCAUUGCAGGCUUAGGCAUCGGCGCAUCGUCCAUGACAGUUCCUGUCUAUAUUGCCGAAAUCGCUCCACCGUCUGUUCGAGGUCGACUCAUUGGUAUCUUCGAGAUCGCUUCCCAAGGUGGAGGCAUGUUGGGCUUUUGGAUCAACUAUGCCUGCGAUCGAACGAUUGAUGUCAAUAACCAAGCUCAGUGGACUAUUCCACUCGCUGUUCAGCUCAUUCCUGGUCUGUUGCUUCUUCUCGGUGUCGCUUGGUGCCCUGAGUCUCCACGUUGGUUGGCCCGUGGUGACAACUUCGAUGGAGCUGAAAGGAUCCUGACAAAGCUUCGUAAUCUUGACUCGUCACAUGCCUACAUCCAGCACGAGAUGAGUGAGAUCCGCGCACAGGUAGAGGAGCGCAGUACCAACCGUAUGAGUAAGAAGGCGCAGUUCAAGAAGCUCUUUCAGAAGGGUGUACGAAACCGCAUGGCCAUCGGUCUUUCUCUCAUGUUCUUGCAGAGCUUCACGGGAGUCAACAUCAUCACAUACUACGCCCCCCGAAUCUUCGAGACCCUCGGUAUCUCCGGUACCUCUCUCAAGCUCUUCUCCACCGGCUUCUACGGUAUCGCAAAGACCCUCGGCAUGUGCACCUUCACCUUCGUCGUCGUCGAACGCGUCGGUCGCCGCAAGGGUCUGAUCUGGGGCGCCGCUCUCGGCUGCAUCCCCAUGUGGUACAUCGGAGGAUACGUCAUGAAAGCUGACCCUGCCGCCGCCGCAGCAGCAGGCACUGUCAACCGCGACGGCUGGGGCUACCUAGCCAUGGUGUGCGUGUACAUCAACGCAUUCAUCAUCUGCGCGACAUGGCAGGGCAUCACAUGGACUUACGCAUCUGAGAUCUUCCCGCUUGAUAUCCGUAUGCUCUGUGUCUCGCUCACUACUGCAGAUACGUGGCUCGGAUCUUUCAUUAUUGCGCGCAGCACACCGUACAUGAUCAGCGAUCUCGGGUACGGUGCGUAUUUCUUCUUCGCCUCGAUCCUGGUAGCCAUGGGCAUAUGGAGUUUCUUUUUCGUACCCGAGACUAAGGGUAUCACGCUCGAAGAUAUGGACGCGCUGUUCCUCAAGCCCAUGCACAAGGCUGUGUGGGCCCAGGUUCGUGGCAAGCCGCUCUUUGUCGACGAAGAUGAGGCUGCGAGAGGUAAGGGGCUGGACCCUGUCAAGGAGAAGAAUAUGGGUAUCGAGCAUGUCGAGACCAUUUCACCAAAUAAAAGAGGUGAGAUGUAG